AUGAGCCUGUGCAUGAAGGAGUGGGAGAAGAGAGUGGUGAAGAAGGUGGGAAAGGAGUGGUGGAACCUCAAGCCAAUGCAACGCCCCCACAAUGUGAGGACAUACCUUAAUCAGUUCACCUCCACAAUUCAUGAGUGGAAGGGCAAGUGGGAAGGCUUCAUGCAGCAGUUCAGCAUCAAGGGCAAGCCUAUUCAGAGGGUCACACAAGUGCAAUUUGCACUCCUUGGACUGUUCAUGAAGCAUCUGCCAAAAAUCAACACGGUGGGGGAGUACUGUACCCAUAUUCAAGAGCUGCACAACACCGUCUCUGCACUCCUCACUGACCCAGCCAAAGCAGAUGCCUGA